ACAAAACUUAUAAUUUACAAUUGAAUACAAGGUGGUCAGUAUUUAAUUUUUGUUUCCAGUGAUUGUUCCAGUGAGAAACUAUAUAAAUAUGAUGUACACGUACAUUCAAUUAAUAAAAAUAAUACAGGUUUGCAAUCAACAGGUUGCAGCAGUGUAUAUCAUAAAAGUAUUAUAAGAUUUACUUUGUGCCAAUUUUGUAACAUUUUUUUAUAAAGGAAUUAAUUAAUAAUUUUCAAAAUGAUUCAUGCCAGAGCAUUACAUUUUGUAUUUAAAAUAGCUGAACGUAAAGAGACAAUGAAAUUUUAUCGAGAAAUUCUUGGAAUGAAAGUAUUGAGACAUGAAGAAUUCGCCGAUGGAUGUGAGGCUGCUUGCAAUGGUCCAUAUGCAAAUCGAUGGAGUAAAACAAUGAUAGGAUAUGGACCAGAAGAUAAUCAUUUUGUAGUUGAAUUAACUUACAACUAUGGUAUUUCUGAGUAUAAAAGUGGAAAUGAUUUUCUUGGAAUAACAAUUAGCUCUAAAGAAGCAAUCGAUAGAGCAAAAAGCAAUGGAUGGCCCGUUGAAGAAGAAAAUGGAAAGUUUGUAUUGCAAGCACCAGGUGGUUACAAGUAUUAUAUUAUUAAUGAACCACAACCUGAAGAUAAAGAUCCAGUAGAAAAGGUAACAUUAUCCAGUUCAAAUCUUCAAACCACUAUAGCUUAUUGGAAAGAUAUUUUAGGUAUGAAGGUGAUCGAACAGGAGGAUAAUAGAGUUUUGAUGUGUUAUGAUAAAGAUCAAGCUAAACUUGAAUUUAUAGAUAUAGGUACUAAUGUGGACCAUGCAAAAGCAUAUGGUCGUAUAGCAUUUUCUGUACCAUUGGCUGAACAACCAUUAAUACAAAAAAAGAUAAAGGAGAAUGGAAACAAAAUAUUAACAGAUUUGAUAACUUUAGACACACCAGGGAAAGCUUCAGUAAGAGUUAUUAUUCUUGCUGAUCCAGAUGAUCAUGAAAUAUGUUUCGUUGAUGACGAAGGAUUUCGUAAAUUAUCCGUUCCAGAUUAUCCAAGUGAAAAAAUUCUGGAUAGAUACAUUGCAAAAUAAUGUAUUGCAGACGUUUUAAAUAUA